AUGAAACUUUUAAUUUUAAUUAUUUCUCUUUUAAUUAGUUUAUCAAGUUGUCAUAUUAAACAAAUUAUUUUAGAUGAAGAUACUAAUUUUGUAGUAUCUUGGGAUUACUCAAAUUCUAAUAUUACUUUCGAGCUUGAAGGUGAUUUUAAAGGUUGGUUUGCAUUUGGUUAUAGAUGUACAAAUUGUCCAGCCAAUUCAAUGGCAAUGCAAAUGGGACAUCCAGAUUUAGUAGCAGUUACAUUUGAUAGUAAUGGAGUUCCAACAGUUUAUGAUAUGAUUGAAAGUAUGGAUUAUGAUCCAAUGCAACAAAAGGAUAUUGAUAUCGGUGGCCAAAGUAAUAUACUCACAUUCGGAGGUUACCAAGGCAGCCAUCAUUCAUUGAUGUACUAUACUCGUAAAUUAGUGACUGGUGAUACUGUUGGUGAUUAUGAUAUCGACUUGAAUGCUGAUUUCUCUGUUACAUGGUAUAUUGGAAAAGAUAAUAAAAUCGAUUUUGACAAUCCGUUAGAAUUGGGAACUAAUAAUUUCAAUUUAGUCAGUGGUGAAGUUGUUGAAGGUGGCACAGGUGGCCAUGUGCAUGGCGCUGAGGAAUUGGCCGACCCGCUAUUCGCCUGGCAUGCCGCUUUGAUGUCUAUUGCAUUCGGUGUAUUGAUUCCAUUCGGUAUUUUCAGUGCAAGAUAUUUAAAGAGCUAUCAAUGGGGUUUCUAUCUCCACAUUGUCAUUCAAUCAACCGCUUUGGCAUUCAUAAUUGUUGGCUUUGUUAUAAUCUUGGUUAAGCACGAUGGCGUCAUCGAGACUGAGAAUCCACACAGUAUCUUGGGUGUGAUUUUGGCCGCUAUGGUAUUCGCCGUUGGUGCUUUUGGUGUAUUUUGCUAUUUCUGGAAACCAAAAGGUGACGAUGGUGGCUCAAAGCAAAGUAACUUCUCUCCAAGUAGAAUCCACGGAUACGCUGGUAAAAUCAUUGCAUUAUUAUCAGUUGCAACAAUAAUUACAGGUCUCCGUCAAUAUUUAGCUCCUGUCGCUUUCAUCAUCGUCUAUUCAAUUUUAAUACUCACUUAUUUCAUAAUUGGUGGAGCUUUAGAAAUUCAUAAAAGAUUCUAUGGCUCAACACCAGGUGGUAAUGUUAAAAUGGAAAACUUCAAUUAA